AUGCUUGCACGGUACCACCCGGGCGACCUAGCCGACUUUGUUUGGGUUGGGAUCGAAGAGGUUAAACGUUUUGAUCUAGCUUUGUUCCGAGUCUGCAAGUCUAUAAGCUUAGAUACGGGCAGGACUCAUCUAGAGCAUCAUCAUGAUAUUUCAGGGACAAACUGGCAGGUCACUGCAAGCGAGCUACAAUUUCCGGUACCAAAGAAUGACUUGAUAUGGAACGCUGUAACUGCAAAUGAGUGGAAAUCUGCUACCACGGAGGGCAUGGAACGCGUCAAUCUGAGUGACUCCAUGCAGUCGCAGUGGAUCUCCAAUUCAACAGAGCUUCUGCAGCUGACCUGA